GCCAGCUUAGCUCGAGCCGUUCGGCUGCAGCUCGGCUCCAACUUCUUCUUCUUCUUCUUCUCUUCGUGGUGGGGGAUGGUAUCCCUUGUGGCCCUCGCGGUAUAUCGUGCGAGCUUGGCAAAACCCUUGCCUUUUUCUUUGUUUUCCUCUCAUCUCCUCCUCAGCCAUAGGCCCAUAGCGGACAAUGGAGUUGCCGCUUGCGCCUCUGUUGCGCCUUGCUUGGGUCGCAGGAACCCUCCCCAUUCUCUUGGCCUCUCUGCCUGUCCCUUGGUUUGGCCUCCUUCAUCGGAUUCUUUUGGAUUUCGCGGCUAGAGGCAAGAUCAUCAAGUCUUCUUCUCGUAAAUUCACAGUCCCGCAAAGAUAUUUUUUGCAUUUUUAUGUGGUGGCCGUGUUGGUGACGACGUCUAUGUUGCUUUUAAUGUGGUUCUAUGCAUAUGGAAAGAUGGUUCCUUCAGCCUCUGAUUCAUUUCAAUAUACAACAGUUGCAAGCCACUUGACUGGAGGUUCACAUGUGUUUUCCUUUCAGAAGAGGUCAUUAACUCCGACAGAGCAUAGGCAUCGUGUUUGGCGAACUGUACUUGUUCUUCUGUUGAUGGAAGCACAAGUUCUGCGGCGCUUGUAUGAGACAGUAAAUGUUUUUAGUUAUAGUUCAUCCGCCCGAAUGCAUGUUAUGGGCUAUCUAACAGGUUUAUUCUUUUACACUGCGGCACCAUUGUCAUUGUGUUGCUCAGUUGUCCCAGAAGCGGUAAGCUACGCGAGCAGUCAAGUAUCUGAAUUUAUUGUCAGAGGUAGGGCAGCAAUGCCAGACCUUCAGCUUGAUUGGUGGGAAUAUGCACGGCCUUUUCUUCAAUUGGGAUGGUACCAGUGGGCUGGUGCUACUAUUUUUAUAUGGGGCUGGUGUCAUCAGCUUCGCUGCCAUGCAAUUCUUGGUUCAUUGCGUGAGCACAGAGGAGCUGACGAGUAUGUGAUCCCUCAUGGUGACUGGUUUGAAUAUGUUUCUUGUGCGCACUACCUUGCUGAGAUAGUCAUAUAUGCAAGCAUUUUGCUUGCAAGCGGAGGAUUAGAUCUUACUAUAUGGCUUCUUUUCUUUUUUGUGGUAUCAAAUCUCGUCUUUGCAGCAGCAGAAACUCACAGAUGGUACCAUCAAAAGUUUGAAAACUAUCCAGUGACUCGCCGGGCAAUUCUUCCAUAUGUUUAUUAGAGGUUAACAUUGAUAUAAAUGUCUCAGGUUUUGUAAUAUAUGCUAUCCGCUGGCAAGCAAUAGUUGGUAUAUAUUCUGUUGUGCUUCAUACAACUUGUACAUUUGUAUACUCUUAUUUACUAGCCAUGUCUCAUUGGCAAAAUUGAAAGCUAAAUCAAAAUCAUAUUUGUUU